AAAUAAUUUCUUUAAAAAAAGUAAGAAAAUUGAAGUUUUUGUGUUCAAAUGAAAAAUUGUGCCUCAAUAAAGUGAAACAGAUUUUCCGAUUUUCCUCAAUUACUCAUUGUCUAUUUUCGCAGUUUACUUUAAAGAAAAAGUGAAGAAAAUUAAUAUAUUUUUUAAAGUUGCUUUGGAAAUUGGAAAAUUUGAAAUAAAAUAACGGCAGCGAGCAACAAAAAAAGCGAUUUAAAUCUACACAACGUCUAAUUUAUUUUUUAAAAAAUUUUAAUUAAUUCACCUCUUCAUGCGGACUUUAAAAUUUUUGUACUAAACACGCCAGCUGAUCUUACACGCAUUUGUUGAAAUUAGUUUUAAAUAUAUAAUCCCAAAAAAGAAAAAAAUAAAUAAUUAAAAAAAUUGCUACUAUAAAAUGUUUAGUCCUGAUUAUGAGAAACGUAUCUUAAAACAUUGUAGUCCCGUAGCGAGAAAUCUUUUUAAUUCAUUUGAAGCUGCCUCAAGUUCAACGUCAUUGGAUCGAUUUAUACCCUGCAGAGCAAACAACAAUUGGCAAACAAAUUUCGCAUCAAUAAACAAAUCUAAUGAAAAUUCACCUCAGACCAACAAGAAACAAAGGGAUUGUGGAGAGUCCGCACGUGACAGUCUCGCAUAUUCAUGCCUCCUUAAAAAUGAGUUAUUAGGCACAGCAAUAGAAGAUGUGAAAGCAGUAAGCGACGAACGUAAUGAGAACACCUACACACCAGCUGCCAAAAGAAGUCUAUUCAAAUAUCAAUCGCCAACCAAACAGGAUUAUAAUGAACAGUGUCCUUAUUCAUUAUCACCUGUAAGCACCAAAAGUCAAAAACUUUUACGAUCUCCUAGAAAAGCCACCAGAAAAAUCUCACGCAUUCCGUUUAAGGUCUUAGAUGCCCCUGAGUUACAAGAUGAUUUUUAUUUAAAUCUUGUGGAUUGGUCAUCACAAAAUGUACUUGCCGUAGGUUUGGGUAGUUGUGUAUAUUUAUGGAGUGCCUGCACGAGUCAAGUGACACGUCUAUGUGACCUUAGCACAGAUUCAAAUACCGUAACUUCAGUAUCUUGGAAUGAACGUGGCAAUUUAGUAGCAGUUGGCACACAUCAUGGUUACGUUACAGUUUGGGAUGUCAGCGCUAGUAAACAGAUCAAUAGAUUAAAUGGACAUUCCGCUCGGGUAGGUGCACUUGCCUGGAACGGUGAUAUACUGUCGAGCGGUUCGAGAGAUCGUCUCAUAAUACAACGUGAUACACGCACACCUACUCAGCAAAGCGAACGUAGAUUAUCUGGUCAUCGGCAAGAAGUUUGUGGUUUAAAAUGGUCACCAGAUAAUCAGUAUUUAGCUAGCGGAGGAAAUGAUAAUCGAUUGUAUGUAUGGAAUCAGCAUUCACUUAAUCCUGUGCAAUCAUAUACAGAGCAUAUGGCUGCUGUGAAAGCUAUAGCCUGGUCACCACAUCAUCAUGGACUGCUCGCAAGUGGCGGUGGUACUGCAGAUCGUUGUAUACGCUUUUGGAAUACACUUACCGGACAACCUAUGCAAUGUGUUGAUACCGGUUCACAAGUAUGCAAUUUAGCCUGGUCUAAGCAUUCAUCUGAGUUAGUCUCGACACAUGGUUACUCACAGAAUCAAAUACUUGUGUGGAAAUAUCCAUCUCUAACACAAGUUGCCAAAUUAACUGGUCAUUCGUAUCGAGUGUUAUAUUUAGCUUUGAGUCCAGAUGGUGAAGCUAUAGUUACGGGCGCUGGCGAUGAGACAUUACGUUUUUGGAACGUAUUCAGUAAAGCACGUAGCCAAAAAGAAAAUAAAUCAGUGUUAAAUUUAUUUACAAAUAUAAGAUAAAAAGAUUUCAUAUUAGAAAACUUAUUUACAAAAUUGAUAGUUUAACACUUGAAAAGAUCGCGCUUAAAUUUAACAAUUAUUUAAUAUAAUAAUUAAUACAUGAUCAUUUAACACAAACUUCAUCAAAAAUAAAACCAGCUAACAAAUAACAAUUAAUCACGAUUAAAAAUAAUUAAGUCAAUAAAUUAGACAAACUAAUCCACAAAUCCUUCUACCAAACUUAAGAGUUGCAUAAUUUUAAUAU